AUGGGCUGCGGAAGUUCCAGCAUAAGUGUUCAGACUUUCAGGAAUCCAGAAGAAAACAAAAACUACCAAAGUCAAAAUGUGCCCUCUAGGCAACCGUCAGCAAUUCAGAAAUAUACUUUUAAUGCCGGUAAUCUAGAACAUGAAAGUGGUAAAGAAAAGGUAGAAGAGUUCAAACAGUCAAAUGCAGAAAAUCAUGUGGAGAUUGCUAAACGUAAGGAGGAGAAGCGAUCUAAAUUUGAUCAUGAAAAAUUAGAGGAAGAAGUAGUUAAUAGUCUUGGACCGGUCUUAUGUUCUUUGGAAAUGGAUGGUGAUCGAGACAAAAAUGCAAGGUAUACAGUAGAUGAUAUAAUUGAACACAAUGAUAGGGGUGGUGGCGAAAUCGACUGGUUUAAAUACGGAAAACAAAUCUACAGCUGGAAAAAGAUGAAGCCUAUCGUACAGGAAAGGUUGAAUCAUUUAAAAGAUAUCACACCGUUAUAUUUUUCUGGUCGGACACCUGGGGGUCAAUUCCUAUACCCUAUCCAUGUUGCCAGACAUCAUGGUUUGACCAGGAAGGAGCUCGCUGAAGUUCUGGAAUAUUGCCGCGUGGGUAUUUCCAUAGAUGUACCACGUGAGCAAUAUUUAGCGCGUAUGAAACAGAGUGUGGAAUUUGUUCUUGAAGCGGACACUGACGGUACAGAUUACUUACUGGAUUAUAUGGAUCAGUUGAAUCGUUGGUUAGCAGACUAUCCUAUGAAUAAAGUAUAUAAUGAUCCACCUGAUACAAAGUUGGAUCCGAACAAAUUGGCGUUUCCUCUACCAGCCGAUAUGCAAUCGGACCCAAGUGUUCUUAGAGAGUGGAUUGAGACCGAGAUUGCGUUCGACUGUAAUGUUCCUGUGGAAGGAGCUUGGCCAAUGAAGGAACUUCUUAAAAAUGACUGGAGAGACACCCAUGACCUGUAUGCAAAUGAAAUCCAAGAACAUCACGGUAAUGAAGCAACUGAACCACUUGAUAUGGCAAUAGACGGUGAUGUAGCAUGGGUUGAAAUUGAACUUGAUUUGUUCAAGAAUGAUAAGACGACUGAACACCAAGAAACAGUUUGGAAUAAGCGAGCUAUAAGAACAAAUCUUAUUGAUCCUAUGUGGAUGAAGAAGAGACGAGAGGAGCUAGCUGAGAUACUCAAAAAGAGGUAUGAAAAACGGCAGAAAAAUACCCUGUUGAAAACUUUACCAACUUUGCUGAUAUUCUCGAAAAACACUGGGAAGAGUUCCAAACGUUGUGUGAGAAAGAGUUCAAUCCCCCUGUCGGAAAGGCAAGAACCAGUGCUGAAGUUAAGCCUAAAACAGACGAACAUCCGUAUAUCGACGGACAGGCCACUAAAAGAGCACGUAGUGCUAAUAACAGACUGGUGAUAAGUCAUGACAUUGAAGACAUAAGACAU